AUGAAGCAUGAAAUCGAUCAGGUAGUCAUAGUCGCACGUCACCCGUAUCUCUUCCACUUCGCUGACUUUGAGGCAGAUAUGGCUAUUGACGAAGAAAGACUGAAGACUGACAACCAGACCCUGAUUACAAAUCUCAGAGAGCGGACUCGCAAACACCAGCAAACACAAGAGCUCUAUGACCGCCUAAAGCGGAAGCAGAUGACGACGGCGACGCAACAUGCCGCAAAGAAUGCGGCGUUUGAGUCUGUGGAGGAGACUUACGGAAGUGACUCUUCAGGUCGUCGGCCAUACAAUGGUCGACCCCUUCAUCAACCAACCAUGCAGCAUUACUCACCGCACCAUGAGGCUAACCCCACCCAGAGUCGUGACGAGAGCAGCAAUCGCGAACAUGAGAUUCCAGGCAUGAUGCCACCGCCAAUUCCACAACGAUCUGGUAUCCAUGGUAAUCAUAAAUCAAGGACAAAUUCAUAUGUCUUCUUGGACGAGAGCUAA